CUAACUCUGUAUCUUUCUUUCUCCGUCUUUUUCUGUCUACUAAUACUAAUUUUAGCUACAAUCUUUUUCUACCUCCAUUACACCCUAAUUUUAAUUUCAUCCUCUAAUUUUCUAGACACAAUUACUAUCAAUCAAAUCCCUUCUUUCAAUUUUUCCCUUAAUCUUAUUCCUAAUCAGGGAAAGGAAACAGAGCUUGUGAAUAUCCUUUGUUUUUUGUUCUUCUUCCAUUGAUGUAUUUUCUGAGCAGCCAACAGCGUAGUAUCCUUAAAGAUUGAAGCUGUUUCUUUUCAAAAAGAGUUUAGCAGCUGUUAGCACUCCCGAUACCUCCUUAUAAUGGAGGAUGUUCAAGACAAUUUGCCCUCUGACUCUACAAAAAUUGCUGAAGAGACACCACUUGCAGAACAUGAUGAAGACAUGUUGCCCUCUGAAUCCUCUUCAAAAAUUACUGAAGAGACACAUAAUGCAGAGCAGGUUGAAGACAAGCUACCCUCUGAGUCCUCUCCAAAUAUUACUCAAGAGACACCAAUGGCAGAACAUGUUGAAGACAAGCUAUUCUCUGAGUGCUCUACCAAAAUUACUGAGGCACCACUGACAGAACCCUUUGAAGAAAAUACUGAAGUGAUAAACCCACCAUAUAAUCAAUCUUCCCAAGAAAUCCCAAUUGCACUUAGCAAUGGAAAAGAGGAGUCUGGCUCUCACUUGACAGUGAAUGAGUUCCCUGAAUUAUCAGUGUUAAUAAAUUCUUCUGAUGGUCACACUAUAAUACAAGAUGAGGAUGUUUCUGUAGAUAAUUCAACUUCAAUUCUAAAUGAUAUGAUGGAUGUAACAGAAAGAAUUGGGCAGCUAACUUUGGUUGAAGACUCUGAACUAGGUGCUACUGAAGAUAUCUCUGACAGGUAUGAAUUGCAAGACGAUGUUACCUAUGUCGCUGCUGCUGAUGAGAUUAGACUUUCGGCUUCCUCAUCUGAAACUAAAGAUUUUCAAAAUGAUCACAAUGAAGUAAAGAUGGCUGUUGGAGCAAUUGGCUCACCCACUCAAACCAAGCUGGUUGAUGUAAAAAGAGGCCUUAUUGAUACCACACCUCCAUUUGAAUCUGUUAAGGAAGCCGUAUCUAAAUUUGGAGGAAUUGUGGAUUGGAAGGCUCAUAGAAUCCAGACUGUGGAGAGGCGCACUCUAGUAGAGCAGGAACUUGAUAAAGCAAAUGAUGAUAUCCCAGAGUACAGAAAACAAGCAGAGGCUGCUGAACAGACAAAAGUUCAAGUACUAAAGGAGCUGGACAGCACAAAGAGACUUAUAGAAGAGUUAAAGCUGAACCUAGAGAGGGCACAAACGGAAGAGCAUCAGGCAAGACAGGACUCGGAACUUGCAAAGCUCAGAGUGGAAGAGAUGGAGCAAGGUAUUGCAGAUGAAUCUAGUGUUGCAGCCAAGGCACAACUUGAGGUUGCUAAAGCUAGGUAUUCAGCAGCUGUUUCAGAUUUAGCAGCUGUGAAAGAAGAGUUGGAAGCAUUGCACAAGGAAUAUGCUUCCUUAGUGACUGAUAGAGAUGAAGCUAUUAAGAAAGCCGAUGAGGCUGUUUCAGCAUCCAAGGAAGUAGAGAAGUCAGUGGAAGAUUUAACUAUUGAACUAAUUGCCACAAAAGAGUCAUUGGAGACUGCUCAUGCCGCACACUUGGAAGCAGAGGAGCAAAGAAUAGGAAUAGUCAUGGCGAGAGAUCAAGAUUCUCUCAAUUGGGAGAAGGAAAUUAGACAGGCAGAAGAAGACCUCCAGAGAAUCAACGAGCAAAUGUUAUCUGCAAAGGAUCUCAAAUCUAAACUGGAAACAGCCUCUGGUUUGCUGCUUGAUUUGAAAGCUAAAUUAACUGCUUAUAUGGAAUCAAAGUUAAAGAAAGAAGCUGAUGAAGAACUCUCACGAGGAGGCCUAGAAGACCCAGAAAAGAAGACACGCGCUGAAAUACAAGCAGCCGUGGCAUCAGCCAGAAAGGAACUUGAGGAAGUAAAACUUAACAUAGAGAAAGCAAAUGCCGAGGUUAGUUGCUUGAAGCUAGCGGCUACAUCUUUAAAAUCAGAACUGGAACAAGAAAAAGCAAUUCUUGCCUCUAUCAGGCAAAGAGAGGGAAUGGCCUCAAUUGCAGUUGCAUCUCUCGAAGCUGAGUUAGACAAGACUAAAUCAGAAAUAGCUUUGGUUCAGAUGAAGGAGAAAGAAGCCAAAGAGAAAAUAACUGAACUUCCAAAGCAGCUACAACUAACAGCUGAGGAGGCUAAUCAGGCUAAUUUGCUUGCUCAAGCAGCUCGUGAAGAGCUGCAGAAAGUAAAGGCAGAAGCAGAGCAAGCGAAGGCUGGAGUAAGUACUUUGGAAAGCAGGUUACUUGCAGCUCAAAAGGAGAUAGAGGCUGCCAAGGCUUCUGAAAAGUUGGCAAUAGCAGCAAUUAAAGCAUUGCAAGAGAGUGAAUUUAAUAGAAGCAAAAAUGAAGUGGACCCUUCAAGUGGGGUAACACUUUCUUUGGAUGAGUACUAUGAGCUUAGUAAACGAGCUCACGAGGCAGAAGAGCGAGCCAAUAUGAGGGUGGCAGCUGCUAAUUCUGAUGUUGAGAUAGCUAAGGAGUCUGAGUUGAAAUCCUUCGAGAGAUUAGAUGAAGUGAAUAGAGAGAUAGCUGCUAGAAGGGAAUCCUUGAAGAUUGCAAUGGAAAAAGCUGAGAAGGCAAAGGAAGGUAAAUUAGGUGUAGAACAAGAACUUAGAAGGUGGAGAGCUGAAAAUGAACAACGGAGAAAGGCUGGUGAGUCUGGCCAAGGAGUGGUUAGCCAGAAUAGAAGCCCUAGGGGUAGUUUUGAGGGGAGUAAAGAAGCAAAUAAUUUUGACCGGUCUCGUGAUGCAGCUAAUCCUGCACAUUACAUGUCAAGUCCGAAGACUUAUAUGCAUGCUGAAACUGAUGAAGGUGGAUCAUCACCAGAAUCAAGACAUGGAAAAAAGAAGAAGAAAUCGUUGUUCCCGCGGGUUUUGAUGUUCUUUGCUAAAAGAAAAACACAUUCAACCAAGUCAGGGUAAUCCCAAAUUGAUAUUUUAGGCAUAUUUAUUCUACAGUUAUCUUACCUCCGUCUUUUGGAGAUCUCGCAGUGACUUGAAAUGCUGGACUACUCAAAGCUGUAUUGAACCUGUUCAAGGUGAUCGCUUUGUAUAUGGUUUGAUUGGAUUAUACUCUCACUUGAUGGAUGCGGUAGUUUUGUCUGCUCUGUUUUAUGAGGAAGUAAAAUUAAGUUCAUCUAUGUUGGGACACUUGGGAAAAGAUAAAAUAAGAUGAUUUUGUAUUGUGUAUAGUCUUCAGAUAUAUUGAACCUUGGCUUCUGUAAAGAUUUGUUUUGAGAUUCGAUUGAAUGAAAGGACAAAAAAAAAAUUCUAGUUUGUGAUUUGAGGCA